GAGUUGAUAAUGUGAGUACGUGAAGGUAUGACUGAAGAAGAGAUCGCUUGAAGGAGGUGAGUGGGGAUCGGAUCAAGUUUUAAUAUAUACAUAAAUUACAUAAAUGUAAAUAAGCCAAAGGAAGCUUAACUGUACGUACUUGGUGAACAGUUUAACUUAAAUUUAAUUAUAUUAUGCAUGUUCAGGCACAUUGACAGUUUAUUUACAUAAUCGUUAGUUAAAAUAAUUACAAUUACAGUCGUAUUAUUCAUGCAAAGUUUAAUAAGCUUUUAAUAUAUGUUUGCUCUUUUGGUUGUCACCGCAAAGAGGGGUGUUUUAGAUCAUCACGGAACAAUCCUCUGAAUCCUGUAUCUUAAGAUGUUGAGGCCACUUAAUACACUGUUUGACCAGAGGUACUUCCUGAAGCUCCCUUAUGAGAUAUGUAAAGAGAGAAGCUCACGAGUCUAUGUGCCAUAUCCGGAUCCACCUGGUUACUUUGAUGGAUAUGCCUGGCACUUGAAAAACAGAAAAGUGAUAGAAGAAACUGUUAAUGACAUUGUGUUUCUGGAUGGCACACAGAAGAUCGAGACAUUGCUCUCAACUGUUCUUGCAGACGUUCAGGAAAUGCUUAUGGUUACACAGAGAUGAGUUGUCAC